AUGUGCGCUCAGCCGCCGGUCCUUCCUCAGAGCCUCCCACCGCCUCCGCCACACUUCGGGGAGCUUCGCGGCCCAAAGCAAAGUCGCCGGGCGACAUGCCCGGCUCUGAAGACACGGCGGCAAGAUUCAAUGUACGAGCCUUGUGUGGGUCAAGCUCACCCCUCUCCUCCCUCCACUGGCUGCCAUCCGAUGGAGAGAUCCCUCCCUAAGGGAAGCAUCUAUGACCAGCCGAUGCAGUACAUGAUCGUUCUGCCGGAAUCACAAACCUCGCAUGGACGAAGUUCAAGCAAGAGGUCGCAGAUCAGGCUGGGACAAAGCGGCGGGCCCGAAGGGAGUUUGGAGCCGCGGGGCAGCCCAUCCAGAAGACAGCACCUGCAGAGCAUGCUGGAAGAGAAGUCCGACACGUUAGACGGCCUGGCCUCCCAGCGGAGCGGGGCUCACAGCCAAAAGAGUCUCGACAGGGGCAGCUCAGCACGUCACAGCGAGGCAGCGGAACGCAGCGUACAGAACUCUGAUGCCGGUUCCUUGGGACGCCGAUCGAGCAUUGUGGAGGAGAAGCGGUUGCAGCAACGGCAAUGGCACCAGCAGCUUCAAAAAGCCCGCCAGCUGGAAGAAUCCGAGAGCCAACUUCGGCGACAAGAGGAGCGUUCUCGUGCGGACCAGUGGAGUGAGCGGAAGCUUCAGGAGGAGCAGCUGAGAUCGAAAGAGUGCCAAAUUCAAGACGUCCACCAAAGGCUGCGCAGACCAGCUCGGGAUGCAUUGGCCAAAGAACCUGAGGCCGCAGAAGUGACAGCCAGCAUGGACCUGGUGCAGCUGACCUCUUCCAUCGUGGAGCCUCCCAGCACAAGAUCCGAUGAGCAGUUUGCCAGCGGAACUCAGGAAAACUCGGAGCGUUGUGCAGAUCGACGAGCUGGCCGCCAGACCUUGCAUAGCUGCCGAAUCCUCGGUGUGUCGCCAGAUGAUGGCCCGGAUUUCAUUCAGCAGCAGUACCGGCGUGGUGCUCUAAAACGCCAUCCGGACAAAGGUGGAAGCCACGACCAAUUCACACAGCUGCAAGCCGCCCGAGAUUACAUGGAGGCACGGCAAUCUGCGCACGGCGACGACAUGGGCGGAGCGAGGAGCCUGCAGGGAGAUCAGCGUGGUGGCUUGGGGCGUCUAAAGCCUCCUGCGGAGGUUUCGCGAGCCCAGCCGCCGGCACCAGAGUCAGUCAAGGAGAUGGCUGCUAUCACUUUGUGCGCAUCGCCACCGCUUAGCACAAGUAGUGCGGGCUCGCUACCACUGGGUGCCAGGUCCGCCAGCUUGGAUCUCGGCACGACACCGGUUCCGGUCCAGGAGCUCAUGGUCAGGCAAGAGCGAACGAUCAACUUGAACCCCGACCCGCCGCCAUACCCGAUCAGUGCAGCCUGCUCGAGCUUGAUAAAAGCAGCCCCGUCUACGACUCGAAAGGCAAACGAAGCCUGCGAGAUGAUGCUGGAUUUAACGGGGGAGGUGCCGGUGCACAUCCCUUUCAGCCAGUCUGGUGGGCGCCAGAAUGCCGUCGCCAGUGCCGUCGCCCACGCUCCGGACCCGCCCCUGGCACCUUCAGAGUCAGUUUCCGAGAGCUGGGAUCCUGAGUCAGAGGACAUCUCCGACUCGAGUGAAACUAUUCGAGCAGCCGCCAGCUCUCAGCAGGUGAACCACAGUUUGCGGCGUGGAGUGGCAUCGGUGUCGCAGAAGGCCGAAAGCUCGGUGGCUUUGCCGCCUGCGCCGGAGGCAAAGGUCCCUGUUCUGGACCAUGAUGAGCAUCCACAUCGGCAUCGACCUUCCUCCAGAGCGAGUCAGGCGUCGUCGAGUGAGGAGGCAAGCCAUGGAUCCCAGCGACAAUCUCCUGGCUGGCACACGAUUGAUAGCUGCGAAGUGCUGGGAGUAACUCCAGACGAUGGGUAUGAAUCGAUACAGAAGAACUACCGGCAGCAAGCCCUUCGACACCACCCGGACAAGGGUGGCCGUGCUUCUCUCUUCCGACAGCUGCACGAUGCUCGAGAUUACCUUUCUUCCAAGCAGCCGGCGCGGUGGCAACGGCCAGCCCACUCAGAGAGCAGGCCUCAUCAGCCACCAGCCACUAGCCGUGCGCGCAAGACCUCCUCUCAAGCUAUGCCAGAGGUUCAAGAACCCCUCUGCUCAGCUGCGCGAGAGAAAGCGCCCAGCGACCACAGCAGCUUCGAUACCGUGGAGAUCAAGUCCCGGCGAUGGCAGCGCAUGACCGGAUCAACGGUAUGCCCGCAAUCUCCACGGAAUACGAGCUCUUCACUGUCUGAUGAUGGCACGUUGGGACAUCCCUCACCCGUUUCGGGACAACUGCAGCAGGCCUUCCUUCCGGUGCCUGGGUACUAUGACGACCGUGGAGUGUCUCCUCGAGGCCCAGCGGCAGAGGCUCCGGUUCGAGCUGCUCCGAGGCAGGGAGGUCACAGCGUUCGCUGGGAAGGCAGCUUCUCUCCGCAAGCUCGUGCACCCGAGGCGUGGUCGGAUCGAAGCGCAUGCAGCCGACAAGCCCUGGAGUCGAGCGCGCACGCUCACUUGAGAAACAUGGAUGCACACUGUGCUGCGCUGACAGACACAUACCAUCGCUUGGCGAGCCUGCAUGGAGAGCUUGGUCAAGUGUUUAUGGACCUGCAGCACGCUUGGGGACCUUUGCAUGACGAGGCGGCUCCAGUCUAG